UGGGUCUGCAGCGAGCGAGCGAGCCAGUCAGCCCGCGGGGCCGAGCCGCCAGCGUCCCGCCGCCAGAGAGGAGGCUCGCAGUGCCAGCCCGGAGGAAGGUAGGUGAUGCUCCAGUGCUGCUGCCUCUCAUCAAGUUGACAUCGAAGGUGGAGAGAGAGUAAACAGAACCUUAAGACUGGUUCAGGGAGGGAGUGUGCUAAGAAUGCUGCUGUAGGAACAAGCGACCAGUCCGGCCAGGAAUGUGGCAUCGGCAUCCUUCUGGGAGCCUGUUCUCCGCAUCGUCUCGUGAACUACUACUUCCUCGUGGGAAAGGGCACUUUGGAUUUUACUAUCAGCUGCCCAGAACUUUUUCUGAGCCAAAACAAGACUUCUUGCAGAACGGAACAAGACAUUUUUGCAUCUUCUAAUCUUCUUGGUUGCAGUCUACUGAUUUAGCCCUGAGAAUUUUACUUGUUACUAUUAUUUUUUGUGUACACUUUUCAAAAUGAUUGACUUAAGCUUCCUGACCGAGGAGGAACAAGAGGCUAUCAUGAAGGUUUUGCAGCGGGACGCUGCUCUGAAGAAGACUGAAGAGGAGAGAGUAAGACAUUUGCCUGAAAAAAUUAAGGAUGAUCAACAGCUAAAGAAUAUGACUGGUCAGUGGUUUUAUGAAGCCAAGGCAAAAAGGCACAGAGACAAAAUUCAUGGUGCGGAUCUCAUCAGAGCAUCCAUGAGAAAGAAGAGGCUCCAGGCAGCAGAUGAGCAGAGUAAGGAUGGAACAAGGGGGGCAAAGGAAAGCUGGGUGAAUAAUGUCAACAAAGAUGCUUUCCUUCCACCAGAGCCAACUGGAAUUGUAGAAGAGCAAGAAGAAGAUGCAUCACCAAUAAGCCCAAGCUCCAAUGUGGUAAAUCCAGCUUGUACUAUGAUUGAUGUGUCCCAAGAAAACACAAGGAAAUCAGCUGCAUCUCCAGCUAAGCAAAGGAAGAAUCCAUUUAAUGGCUCCAAGUUGUCAGAAGAUCACUUAUCACCGCAAAUCAAAAAUGAACAGUCAAAAAAUGGAGGAGCUGGUUUAUUUCAGAUUUCCAAGGAGGGUGAAUUAUCAGAAUCAAAAGAAAAUUCAUCUAUCCAAGAUAUUUCAAGCCAAAAGUUAGAGAAUUCAAAGCAGACUUUGCCAAGCUCAGCAAAUGGAUCCCAAAUCAAGGUCCCAAUUCCAAAAGCCAGGAAGAUGAUCAACAAAUCAAAUGACUUAAAGCAAGAUGAUAACCAAUCUUUUCCCAGACAAAGGACAGAUUCCCUGAAUGCAAGAGGAGCUCCAAGAGGGAUCCUCAAGCGCAACUCCAGUUCCAGUAGCACAGACUCAGAGACCCUUCGUUUAAAUCACAGUUUUGAACCCAAGAGCAAAAUUGUGUCACCUGGCCUAACCAUCCAUGAGAGAAUUUCUGAGAAGGAGAAUUCUCUGGAAGAUGACUCUUCCCUAAACUCACUGGAGCCACUCAAGCACGUGAGGUUCUCUGCAGUGAAGGACGAACUUCCACAGGGCCCUGGGCUCAACCACGGCCGGGAAGUGGGGGAGUUUAGUGUUCUAGAAGCUGACAGGUUGAAGAAUGGAACAGAAGCUGCAGGGGACGUAGACGAGUUUCAGAACGACCUCAAACCCUCCCCACACAGGAAGGCUUUUCCUUUUCCUCUAUCAGCCUCAAGCCCAAGUGUAUCAAUAAAUGAAGCACAUCCAACAGUGACUUCUGGGUCUUUUCCAAAUCAUGGGCUCCAUUCUAACUCAAAAGUUUUAACUACAGGACCACAGUCCACUGAGAAUUCACCUACCAUCCAUGAUCGCCAAGCUAAAUCAUCAGAAUUACCAAGGCUUGAGUCAGAAUUAACCAAAAACCCUGCUGAUGAACUGUCUCAUGGUGUUGAGCCUGAGCCAUCUCAGGUGCCAGAUCACAGUUCUAGAGACCAUCAGCAAGGUAAGCCCCCUUUUCUUACCACUCUAACCACUAAGACAACCUCAAGCUCUGGUCCAUAUGCCAAUGAGAUAAGGAAAACAACUGAUGAUUCCAUAUCUAAAGUCCUAGACUGGUUUAACAGAAGUUCUCAUUCUGAUGGCAAUAAGUCAUCCUUCCAGUAUCCCCAAGGAAAGGAGUCUGAACUAAAAACAGACUCGGAAUCACAAGUUGCUAUUUCCGUGGUGGCAGAUGACACUGGUCUAGAAGAAAAUGACUCCAAGACCCUGCCAUCCACUAAAGUUGGCUUGAAGCCUGUGAAUUCUGAUUCAACAUUCCAGGUAGAGCAAGAUAUGUUGCCUUCUGGAAAUUGCCAUGAUAAUCAUGUGAAUAUCAAAUUGAACUCUAUAAAUUUCCCUCAACAAGGCACCCCAAAGGAAGGCCCAGUUGUAUUGCAACCAUUUGAAAUCUAUGGCAUCCCUGGUCAAGCAAGUAAAAAUAUGGACUAUAGCCAAGGUUCAGGAAGCAUGGAAGAAGGAAAUGGGAUAUUUUCCCCAACCAGUAACUAUUCAUACAGUGUUCACAAGGGAUCCAAAUCAGAAGCCCAAGUUCCACACAACAGUAGUGUUGGCAGCUUGGGAGAGGAAGAUCCCCGUUUUUAUGUUCAUGAAAAAAAUAGAGGAAAUGCAGGAGUGAAUUUUGACCCUUCAAUAACUGUCCAAGAAUCAAGAUUGAAAGACAACAUGAAAGCUGAGAGAAAGAAGAAAGAAGCAAAUACUUCUACCCCGAAAGCUUCCUUAGAGCCGAGGAAUACUGCGUUGCCACCUGAGGCUGCUAAUGAUGGAUCCUCUUGGAAGAAGCCUGAGGUCCAAUUAGAAAAAGAAGCUGGUGGCGUUCCCCAGAACCAAGUGCUAAGAGAGAGAUACAAAAGAGUGAGUGACAGAAUAUCCUUUUGGGAAGGAGAGAAAGCUACUGCUAAAUUAACUCCUAAAGAACCCACAUCGUCAUUUAACCAGAAACAGUCCUCCACUAAAGCAUCCCAGGCUGCGAAGUCCCAGAGUGCUUCCACGGGCAGUUUAUCUACAAGCCAGAAUGAAUAUAAUCAGUUCACUGCCAGAAAAAUCAUUUUAGAUGAGGAUGAUCAAACAUCCCACUUCCCUAGCUUUUAUUCCUCUAAUAAACCUAAAGAGAGCAAGUUCCAAAGAUCAGAUCCAUCCAAAAUCCAUCCUCCAGCUGACCACUCAGAUAAAGUAUCUCUGUUUCAAAAUGUUGGAAAUGAAAAAUACACUUCUUUGGAGAAAGACAGAUCUCUAAUUGGUGAAUCAAAUACCAACUUUAAGGUUGUGUCCCUGAAAGAAAGAAUAGAUGAACCCAAUGCAGAACAUGUCUAUAAUCACUCUCAAUUUGAGAAUCUGAAAAAGUUUUGGGACUUAGGAGCUAAUCCAAACUAUAAAGAUAAUGAUGAGAAGAAUGCUACCACUAUAAACCAAAAGAAUUCUCUGCCUUCUAAUAGCCAGCAACUCAAGGAAUCCAAUAGCAUUAAGUCAUCAGAGGGAAAUACCCGUGAAGUAGAGGCACUUCUGAGUCAAAAAAAAGUUAGGACAAGAGAGGAAAUGGAGAAAUUUAAUUCAAAGUACAAAUUCCAGGUGCUACCAGAUGAAACCAUAUUUUCAUUGGGACUACCCAGGAAAUCCACUGAUCAGUUGUCAGGAAAUGAAUCAUCAAAGGAAAAUGUGGAAAAGAAUUUGGAAGGGUAUGCUACCCCGGUGUUCAAGAAAGAAGAGGAUUACUCAGAUCAAGAUAUUCAAGAAUCCAUUGUGAAAACAAGUGUUGUUUCUAAAGACUACAAAGAUACUUUUAAUGACAGCUUACAGAAGCUGCUUUCAGAAGCUUCAUCACCAGCAAUUCAACCUUCUGGUGAAAAAAUUCAUGGAAAACAAGUACUCAAACUAGAUGUUUCUCAAAAUAGAACAUGGCCUCAGAAGACAGAUUUUGCUGAUACUGAGAAAGAAGACAAAGAACCUAAGGUCACUGAUGAGCAUGUGGACAAAACAGUAGCCCCUACAAAGUUCAACCAGAACACUUUAACUGCCAGACUUGACAAACUCUUGAAGGAAACAACUGGAACUUCACUUUCUCCCUUGCAAACCAACUUGGACCCCGUUACCACUAGCACAAACUCUGAGCCUGCUGAGGGUAGAUUUUUUGAAAAAGGGAUAGAACAGAGUGACAACACUUCAGCCCAUCAAGGAGAAAUAAUAGCUCCUUAUCCAGAGAGGGAUGAAGCUUCAGGAAACACAGCUUUUGCUCUGAAAACUGAAAGUGGUGAGUGCCAGCUCAACACGGAGAACUUACUUCAAAUGGCUGCAGAAGUUUCUCAUCCGUUGGAUCAGCCUUCCCAUCUCCACAGAAAGGGUUCUUUGGGGAAUGUGGACAAUUCCCCCCAAGAUAGGCCUUUGUCUUGGGUUACUUAUCUUGCUCCCCAGGAUAAGGCACUGCCUUCUCAAAGGGAAAUUUCAGAGACUAUAGAGAAAGUUGUUCUUCCACCCAAACCUGCAUCAGAUAAUGUAAAUACUGCAUUACAGAAGCUAGUUACAGAAUCUUGGUUGAGUUAUCCAGCUGGGAGGGAAGCAGGUCCUAGAGAAGUGAAAGAAUUUCCUGAAGGAGUACAGGCAGCAGGUUACCCCCCAAAUUCCCAGGCAGUGAUCCCACGGUGGGCUACAAUGGACACCAUAUUUCCUGAGAAGGAUUUUUAUUCCUUUAAUGUAGGAUCUGAUAAAACUCAUGAAGUUAGAUCUUGUUUAGCCACCCCAGUGUCUCUAUCAGAACAGACCCCUAGGUCAUCUGCUUCUACUGAUCCUCAGAAUGGCAAGGAGCUACCCUGGGAAGUGGCAGAAAUUGUGAGGGAAACAAUUAUUCAACCUAGGUCAGAGUUCCUUGAAUUCAGUGCUGGAUUAGAAAAACUUAUGAAGGAAACAAUUAACACCACCUCUUCAAAAUGUGAAAAUGAUGCAGGGGCUCUUUUCCCAGCCAAAGUAACAGAUAGUACGAAGGUGCCCAAGCAACUUACUCCUGAAUUCCAUCUUGAGGAAAUAAAAGAAACAGUAGAAAAGGCUGAGGCUCCCUCAGUAACUGAGAGUGCUUUUGAUAUUGGUUUUGAGAAACUUCUUACAGAAUCCUCUCAAGUUCCUCCCGACUGGCUUCAGGUGUCAGGGAAGGGAAAAACUAACAAGGAGCUCUCACAGUCAGAACAGGCCGGGUCCUUGGGGGCAGUUCUGCAUUUAUACCAGGCAGCUGCGGAGGCCUCUGGCAUGAGGGUUAACAGUAAUGGUUUGGAAUCUCAAGUCAACCACAGUGAUAAAGUGUUGGGAGGAGAAGAAGCUGUGACUGAUUUAUUGAUAGAUCUUUGUGGCUCUGAAAGUGGGAGUGAGAACCCCAGAAACCCACAACUCCAUGUGGACCAUGACAUUGGGGCCACUAAAACUAUAAAACCCCCAGAAGACAGGGACAGUGAAAAUGAGGUUGCAGGGGCUUUCCAGAAACCUGGUUGUGAAGAAUCUCUUGAAGCAAUUAGUCAACCUGUUAUCCUGAAAAAGAAAGAAAACCCUACCAAUACAAGCAGAGUUGAGCUGAUUCUGGCAUCACCAUGUAAGAGACAAGAGGAAGAAAAAGAAGGCUUUUCUGACUCAGAUUUUUCAGAUGGAAACACCGGUUCUAAUGCUGAAAGCUAUAGAAAUUCCUCCAGUUCAGAAGAAGAACCCAGUCCUGUUUUGAAAACUUUGGAAAGGAGUGCUGCUAGGAAAAUGCCUUCCAAAAGUCUAGAAGACAUUUCAUCAGAUUCAUCAAACCAAGCAAAAGUAGAUAAUCUGCCAGAAGAAUUAGUUCGUAGUGCUGGAGAUGAUCAAAAAGCAGAUGAGGAGCCAGAUACAAAUGAAUGCAUACCAGGAAUUUCCACAGUGCCUUCACAACCCGAUAAUCAAUUUUCCCACCCUGACAAACUCAAAAGGAUGAGCAAGUCUGUUCCAGCAUGUCUUCAAGAUGAGAGUGAUGACAGAGAAACAGAUACAGCAUCAGAAAGCAGUUACCAGCUCAGCAGACACAAGAAGAGCCCCAGCUCUUUAACCAAUCUUAGCAGCUCCUCUGGCAUGACGUCCUUGUCUUCUGUGAGUGGCAGUGUAAUGAGUGUUUAUAGUGGAGACUUUGGAAAUCUGGAAGUUAAAGGAAACAUUCAGUUUGCAAUCGACUAUGUGGACUCACUGAAGGAGUUGCAUGUUUUUGUGGCCCAGUGUAAGGACUUGGCAGCUGCAGAUGUUAAAAGACAACGUUCAGACCCAUAUGUAAAGACCUAUUUGUUACCAGACAAAGGCAAAGUGGGCAAGAAGAAAACACUCGUGGUGAAGAAAACCUUGAAUCCUGUGUAUAAUGAGAUUUUGCGGUAUAAAAUAGAAAAGCAAAUUUUAAAGACGCAGAAGUUGAACCUGUCUGUUUGGCACCGGGAUACUUUUAAGCGCAACAGUUUCCUAGGGGAGGUGGAGCUUGAUUUGGAAACAUGGGAUUGGGACAACAAACAAAAUAAGCAAUUGCAGUGGUACCCUCUGAAGCGGAAGACCGCACCCAUUGCCCUUGAAACAGAAAACAGAGGUGAGAUGAAGCUAGCCCUCCAGUAUGUUCCUGAGCCAAUCCCCGGUAAAAAGCUUCCUACAACUGGAGAAGUACACAUCUGGGUGAAGGAAUGCCUUGAUCUACCACUGCUAAGGGGAAACCAUCUGAAUUCUUUUGUUAAAUGUACCAUCCUUCCAGAUACAAGUAGGAAAAGUCGCCAGAAAACAAGAGCUGUAGGAAAAACCACCAACCCUAUUUUCAACCACACCAUGGUGUAUGAUGGGUUCAGACCUGAAGAUCUGACGGAAGCCUGUGUAGAGCUCACUGUCUGGGACCAUUAUAAAUUAACCAACCAGUUUUUGGGAGGUCUUCGGAUUGGCUUUGGAACAGGUAAAAGCUAUGGGACUGAAGUAGAUUGGAUGGACUCUACUUCAGAGGAAGUUGCUCUCUGGGAAAAGAUGGUAAAUUGCCCCAACACUUGGAUUGAAGCAACACUGCCUCUCAGAAUGCUUUUGAUUGCCAAGAUUUCCAAAUGAGCCCAGCGUCCACUGGAUCCUCCUCUGAAAACUACUGAAAAGGAGACUCUCAUCUUGAAAAUCUGACCACAUGGACAAAGAUCUUCGCUGCCACUAACAAUACUACACAGCAUGUUAAAGUCAAUGUGCAUCUGUGUCUUUGAUUACAAGACCCAAGGGAUUUAAAUUAUGACAAAAUUGUGACUUACCUGUUAUUCCAACAUUCAAAGAAGACAUUUGAACAAGUCUAAGAAAAUGGUUUAUUGCUUUGAAGAAAAAGCUGCUCCUAAAAUACUACAUUUGAAAUGUUUUUAACUAGAAAAAUGUUUUAGUUUAUCACCAUGGGUUUCACACCACAGUCUUGUGCUACAGUUAAAAAGGCCUGCCACUUGAUUAUUGCUAACCCUUGUGGGACUUGUAAAUAUGUAGGUUGUAGAAAAGUAACAGAAAGGUACUUCUGGAGGGGGGAAAAAUCAUCAGUGAUGAGACAGAUUCAUACCAUAAGAAAAUGACUUAAUCUGUAAUCUCUAAUAAAAUGCAGAGUUCCAUGUUUGGACAAUGAGACUGAAUUUACGGGAUGUAUUUCUGCCUUGAAAAACUACUUUUCUCCCCCCCCUCCCCCAAGUUAAAACAAAAGAAGUUUCAAAUGUACUUUGGUGCCACCAACUGGCCAUAAGCAGAAUUUGGUUCUUGGCUUGUUUUAGCUUAUUUGUAACCCAAACAGGCCUCAAGCCUGUAUUUUGUGAGAGGUUGUAAACAAACAAACCCUUGAUAAUAUGAUUAUUUUUCCUAUCAUUUUACUGUAUGCAAGCAGCAUAAUAGUCACAGAUGUGCUUUGCAACAAAGUUUUAAUUAGACUGUAAAUUGUUCAAUUAUACUGUACUUCCUAUGUAUGUAUAAUUUUCAUAAAGUAUUUU